CUGACAGCAGUGUCAUCAGCCGAACAGCAGUGGCGUGGGUUUCCCUUGCCCUUUCCCCCCCCCUAAAGCAACCGAAUAACUUAUCGUUUGUGCCAAAAUGACGGAGCGCAAGGGAACUGCAAAGUUGGACUUUUUGAGAAAGAUUGAGCUCGAAAUCCAAGCUAAAUGGGAGAAGGACAAAUCGUUUGAGAAUGAUGCAGCGAUAACAAUUGGGGAAAGUGCACACAAAAAUAAGUAUUUUGUCACCUUCCCCUACCCUUACAUGAAUGGGCGGUUGCAUCUUGGUCACACGUUCAGCUUAUCAAAGUGUGAGUUUGCAGUUGGCUACCAGUCCUUGAAAGGGAAGAAAUGCCUUUUCCCGUUUGGUCUCCACUGCACAGGCAUGCCAAUCAAAGCCUGUGCAGACAAGCUCAAGAGGGAGAUGGAACUGUAUGGAAAUCCCCCACAGUUUCCCGACGAGGAGGAAGAGGAGAAGGAGAAAGCGAUGACGUGUGAUGAAAUCAUCAUCAAAGACAAAGCUAAGAGCAAGAAGAGUAAAGCAGUGGCCAAAUCCGGCUCCUCCAGCUUCCAGUGGAACAUCAUGAGGUCUCUAGGCCUGACUGACUGUGAUAUCGUCAAGUUUGCCAAUGCCGAACACUGGCUGGAAUAUUUCCCUCCUCUGGCUGUCAAAGACCUCAAAAUGAUGGGCGUCAAGGUGGACUGGCGACGCUCGUUCAUCACCACAGACGUGAACCCAUUCUACGACUCCUUUGUCCGCUGGCAGUUUGUCACGCUAAAGGAGAGAAAAAGGAUUAAUUUCGGGAAAAGGUAUACCAUCUACUCCCCCAAGGAUGGACAACCAUGUAUGGACCAUGACAGGCAGACAGGAGAGGGAGUUGGACCUCAGGAGUAUACACUUAUCAAGAUGAAGAUUGUUGAGCCAUACACAGCCAAAUUCAAGUCCAAGGUGUUUUACAGCAGCGCCAUGAAAGGCAAAAAUAUCUACCUGGUGGCCGCAACCCUGAGGCCGGAGACCAUGUUCGGUCAAACCAACUGCUGGGUGAGGCCCGACAUGAACUACGUGGCCUUUGAAACCACCAGCGCAGAUGUCUUCAUCUGUACCAGGAGGUCUGCUAGGAACAUGUCCUUCCAAGGCUUCACCAAGGAGAAUGGUGUGGUCCCUGUGGUCAUGGAAAUAUUGGGACAGGACAUCCUCGGCUGCGCCCUGAGCGCUCCCCUGACCUGCUACAAGAUCAUCUAUGCUCUGCCCAUGCUCACCAUCAAGGAGGACAAAGGCACGGGGGUAGUUACCAGUGUGCCUUCUGAUGCGCCUGAUGACAUCGCUGCUCUCAGGGACAUCAAGAAAAAACAAGCCCUGAGGGACAAGUAUGGAAUUGAGGACAAGAUGGUGCUGCCGUUUGAGCCGGUUCCCAUUAUAGAUAUUCCAGGUUAUGGGAACCUGUCUGCUCCGCUGGUCUGUGAUGAGCUGAAGAUCCAAAGCCAGAAUGACAAGGAGAAGCUGGCCGAGGCCAAGGAGAAAGUCUACCUAAAGGGUUUCUAUGAAGGGAUCAUGUUGGUUGACAGUUUCAAGGGGCAGAAGGUCCAGGAUGUGAAGAAGCCCAUCCAGAUGAUGAUGGUAGAAAAGGGCGAGGCCUGCAUCUACAUGGAGCCAGAAAAGCAGGUCAUGUCGCGUUCGGCUGACGAGUGCGUGGUGGCGCUCUGCGAUCAGUGGUAUUUGGACUACGGCGAUGCUGUAUGGAAGCAGCAGGCCAAUGAAGCCCUCAAGACUUUGGAGACAUUUUGCGAUGAAACCAGGAGAAACUUUCAGGCUACUUUGGCAUGGCUUCAGGAGCAUGCGUGCUCCCGUACUUACGGGCUUGGAACACGGCUGCCUUGGGACGAGCAGUGGCUGAUAGAGUCCCUCUCGGACUCCACCAUUUACAUGGCCUACUACACCGUGGCCCACCUCCUCCAGGGAGGCGUGCUCAACGGACAGGGGGCCUCACCGCUGGGCAUCAAACCAUAUCAAAUGACCAAGGAGGUGUGGGACUUCAUCUUUUUUAAAACCUCCCCCUUCCCGAAGACUGACAUCCCAAAAGAGCAUCUUCAGAGGCUCAGGAGGGAGUUUGAGUACUGGUACCCGGUGGAUGUGCGCGUGUCUGGCAAAGACCUGGUGCCCAACCACUUGUCUUACUACCUGUACAACCACGUGGCCAUGUGGCCCAAUGACAGUGGGAAGUGGCCACAGGCCGUGCGAGCCAACGGGCACCUGCUCCUCAACUCGGAGAAGAUGUCCAAAUCAACCGGAAACUUCCUCACUCUGAGCCAAGCCAUCAAAAAGUUCUCAGCAGACGGUAUGCGUCUGGCUCUGGCCGACGCAGGUGACACGGUGGAGGAUGCCAACUUUGUGGAGACCAUGGCGGACGCCGGCAUCCUGCGCCUUUACACCUGGCUGGAGUGGGUGAAGGAGAUGCUAGCCAACCAGAACAACCUGAGGACCGGACCUGCCGACACUUUCAAUGACCGUGUUUUCACGAGCGAGAUGAAUUCCGGAAUCUUCAAGACUGAGCAACAUUAUGACAGGUUGAUGUUCAAGGAGGCUUUGAAGUGCGGCUUCUUCGAGUUCCAGGCUGCCAAAGAUAAGUACAGGGAGUUGGCUAUUGAAGGCAUGCACAAAGAGCUGGUCUUCCAGUUCAUAGAGAGACAAACGCUUCUGCUGGCCCCAAUCUGCCCACACCUGUGCGAAUACACCUGGGGUCUCCUGGGCAAGCCUACUUCUGUGACAAAGGCAUCGUGGCCUGCCGCCGGUCCAGUGGAUGAGAUUCUCAUCCGCUCCUCUCAGUACCUGAUGGAGACGGCACACGAUCUCCGACUGAGACUCAAAGCAUACAUGCUUCCCCCGAAAAAUAAGAAAGGUGACUCAAAGCCCCCCGCCAAGCCUUCCCACUGCACCAUCUACGUGGCCAAGAGCUACCCCACAUGGCAGCACAGCGCCUUAUCCCUGCUGGGCAAACACUACAAGAGCAACAACGGCGUCCUUCCAGACAACAAGGUCAUAGCGAGCGAGCUCGGAGCGCUGCCUGAGCUGAAGAAGUACAUGAAGAGAGUCAUGCCCUUUGUGGCCAUGAUCAAGGAGAACCUCGAGAAGAACGGGCCCAGAGUUUUGGACCUCGAGCUGGAGUUUGACGAGCGGGCAGUUCUGAUUGAGAACCGCGUCUACUUAACCAAUUCUCUUGAGCUGGAGCAGAUCGACAUCUUUUUUGCAUCCGAGGCCGACAACAAAGUGAAGGAAGACUGUUGCCCGGGGCAACCGUUCUGUGUGUUCAGAUCCGAGCCGGCAGUGUGCGUGUCCCUGGUCAACCCUCAGCCGUGCAACGGCCUCUUCUCUACCAAGCUCGACAUCAGACAGGGGGACAGCAGGGACAACGUUGUCCGCAGACUCGCCAAGGUCAACAGACUCAUCAAAGAUCUCCCCAAAGUGAAGCUGAUGAGGUACGAGGACCCCCUGCUGGGGCCACGUCGGGUGCCCGUGCUGGGACAGGAGGAGCAGGGCAAAGUCACCAUCUCCGCUCAGUCCGUGUUCAGCAUCAACCUGGACGAGAAGAAAGUCACCGUGGUUGACAACGGCCUCACAGUGGACAUUGGCGACACUCUGGCCUACCUGGUUCAUUAAAAGUUAAAACACACAAAAACAGUCAUCAUUAAAUGUUAUGACACAACAGGACAUUAUGAUUUGAUUUCUGGAAACUUUUUUUGAUUAAAAAAAAAGAAAGAAACAAGAAGAAACCACCCACUUUGGAGCAACUUUUAUCAUUAAAAUACAGCUUUUCAAACUGA